UCUGCAACAGUGAAUAUCUCGCCGCCUCCUCCUCCACAGUUUUGCUGCUCUCUGCAAUCUGCAAUUAGGGCUUUCCCGUGCCGCUUAAUUUCUUCGAUUUCCGUAGGAUCGACGAAGAAAUGCCAAUUUUUUCAAUCUCACUCGCAAUUCCGAACCCUCCUCGGCCGCUCUUAUUCUCUUUCUCUCAAUCUCUUAAUGGUCCAAAUCACCUCUCUUACUUACCAAAUCGGAUACCGAUCGCUACGAGGAUCACAACGCUUAUUCGAAUGGGUGGAGGUCCUCGAACUUUUCCGGGCGGAGUGUCGAAGUGGCAGUGGAAGCGGAUGCAGGCCAAGAAAGCCAAGCAGCUGCUUAAGGCCCGACUGUGCCGCGAACGCCAGAUAUAUGAGAUGCGUAAGCGGGCUGAGCUUAAGGCCGCUGUCUCCGAGCUGGAGCGGCCGUGGGAGGUUGUGGAGAAGGCUCCCAACUUGUUCUCCGUAAGCGCCGAUGAGCAGGUGAAGGUCUUGGCGGAUAGGUUUCAGAGGCCUGGUGGAUUCGAUUUGUGGACGGAAAGAGAUGGCCCUCAAUUGUUUGAGACGGUUGACGAACUACCUUCGGCUAGGUUUUUCCCGAAAGGGGUGGUUCACAGUGUAAAGCCGUAUAGAAGUAUUACUGGAUCGGAGGAUUCUUUGAGUUUGGAUUCAGAAGCUGGAAAUGAAAUUGCGACUGGUUUUCGAGAAGGUGAUUAUGAGACUUACCGAAGGUCUUCUAACCGGAUAUUGAGAAGUGGGUCAGUGAGUGAAGGGGAAGAUGACUCAGAAACAGAGGAUUCUUAUCCCACGAAUGCCUUGGCUCCAUCAAGUAGUAAUGGGGGAAAAGGAAAAACAUACGACGGUAGAUUCAGGAAUCGGGGGAAUGGAAGAAACCUCGAGUCUUCUAAGGCGUUUGGAUCCACAAAGUCGAAUCCAGGACAAAUUGGGUUGGAUAGAAGAAAAAGAAUUCCUGGUCCUCAGGUGCACAAUGGAAGUAGACAGUAUGGAAGAGGCAAGGGUUCGAGGCGAUCCGGGAGUUCACAUUCUGAAGUUUAUGAUAUGAAUUUGGAGCAGGACGGGAGUUACAGAUUCCAACCGAUGAAAAGUCGGUAGCUCAGUCAACCUGAAUGAUACGGCCCAAGUUAAAUUUCAAGUGGAGUCAUCUAAUGUUGCAAACUUGCGUCAUAUUGGCUGAAGAAGAAGUUUUCAAAUUGACUGUGUAAUAGAAUUGCUGCAGUUGAACUGGAAAGGCCACUUAGAUGAUGCUUUUGGCUUAUAAUGUCUCAUAGGCUGGCUAGCUGAGGUCGAUGACUUUCAAAGUAAUUAAAUAUCCUUAGCCAGAUGAAUUGGAGAUAGCAUUAUCGACAGGAAUGAGAAUAGCUUUGGCUGAAGGUAACCACUGUAGAAUCAAACCCAGAGGUAUCGUUAUUAUUAAACAUUUAUCUUGCUUCUGUAGGUUCUUCUAGCUUCGUUAGAAUUGUCUUUCCUAUUAUGUAUAUGCAGAUAAGACAAAGAAAUAUGCGAUCUGGAAGGAGAGGUUGUUUUUUUCCCUUUUUCAAAAGGAAUGUUCUUUGGCAGUCUUCUUUUCUUUUUAUUUCUUUCUUUCUUUUUUUCCCUUUUCCUCGCUGUUUUAUGGGGUGUUUGGGCAAGAGAAAAAUAAUAGACUAUUUAGAGGGGCUGAGCGUCUUGGGAGGAGGUUUGAAUAUUAUUAUAUUUAUAACUCUCUUUGGGCAUUGGUUUCUAAGGUCUUUUGUAAUUAUUAGUUAGGUGUGAUUCUUUUGGAUUAGAGCUUUUUUCUGUGGGCUUGGGUUCCUCUGAGUGGGUGGUUUUUGUAUGCUUUUUUUGUUUGCCCUCGUGUAUUCUUUCAUUUGUUGAAUGAAAGUUUGGUUUUUUAUUAAAAAAAUAGACAAAUAUAUGUGAUCUUAUCUCCUAGUUGACUCAUUGGUUGCAAUACGCUUUCUGAUAUUGAAUAGAUAAGGGUUGAGACAGUUUUUGUCCCUCUGAAAUUUUGUAUUGGAAAAAAUAAAUUCUAAUGAUUUGUUUCUGGAGUGUCAUUUUACUUGGAAAAUUUGGUGGUAGUUCUUUUAUACUCUUGGUGUUAGCCUAUCUCUUUCUCCUUUGGUGCAAUUAAGCUUUUGAAAUCUCUCUCUCUCUCUUUUUUUAAUAACUCGAAGUCGAAGUCCUAUACUCAGGGGCACCUGCACCCGCUCCAAGAUCCAUACCUGAGUGAUAUCAAAAGUUUUUGGUAUUAAGCUCAUCGGAAGGUUCGAAUUUGAAGCCUCUAAGCCAAUAGGAUCCAAGAGAUCCCAAACUUUUGCCAAUUGGGCUGCCUCUUGGAGGCAAAGCUUUUGAAUUCUCUUAUAGCUUUCAUUUGAAAGGAAAGGCCAAUUUUAUUUGGUGCAACUGCCUCUUAGGGGCAAAGCUUUUGAAUUCUCUUAUAGCUUUCAUUUUAAAGGAAGGGCCAAUUUUAUUUGGUGCAACGCUAUUAGAGCUAUUUUUUGUAUAAGUGGUUGGAAGAAAUUGAAGGAUCUUUAUGAUAGGCAAAGGCUUGAGGUCUCUUGUAGCUUUCAUUUUAAAGGAAGGGCCAAGUUUAUUUGGUGCAGUGCUAUUAGAGCUACUUUUCGUAAACGUGGUUGGAAAAAGUUGAAGGAUCUUUAUGAUGGAGCUAGGGGUAUGGGAGAUGUGUGGGAUUCUUUCUUUUGAGAACCUCUUUGUGGAAUUUUUUUUUUCCAAAAAAUAAGAAAAAAAGGAAUGCGUUCUUGUAAUUCCUUGAAAACUUAGUAUAUUUAAUUAUUAUUAAUGAAACUCUAUGUUUCUUAUCAUGCACAAAAAGAAAAAAUAGAAAAACAAAAAGAAACACCGAAACAGUAUCAUUUGAGCGUUUAGGGGGCUUAUCCUUUAGGCCACCUUCAGCUUGAUUUAGAGCAUGGUAAUUUCUAGUUUCAACCACGUGCUUUAAGAAAAUCCUCUUUUCCCCCCUUCAGUAAAUACUGACAAAGCGUUAGAUAUUGCAUUAUGUGUGGUGAUUUUAAUUUAGGGAACACUGAGUUACACAGCAACAUAAAAUGUUACUCACAGAGAGCUUCAGCCAUCCAUUCUAUUCUAGUUGUAGUAGUCAGAUGAUAGUUGCAUCCCAUCCCUUCAUUCUUUUAUGUCAACUUUUUCCCCAAGAAUUGUCCGUAAUUAUGCAAUUGCCACUUGCCUCAAUCACAAUUCACGAUUACAUCUGUCUACUGCUGAACCCGAUUGUCUUAUAGUCAGACUUUAUAAUUGAACGCCGAGUAAUGGAUUGGUAGCAUAGUCACAUAUUGUAGCUACCAAGUUCCUUAAUACCUUUACUCAUUUAAGGAUUUCACAUCUAUUGAUUGACUUGCAUUUAUUAAUACAUUUAAUAUUAAUGGCGCACACAUAUUUUGCACUUCAUGUCAAAUACUAUACUCCUAUAGGUGCUUAAACAUGCUUAGUCUGCUAAGUCGGAGAAGGCAUUAUCCACAGGGAUGGAAUUGCUUUGGCUGGAAAUAAUCACUUUAUUUUCAAACUCAGGUACCGGUAUUAUUAAACAUUUUUGUAGUUUCUUUACGGUCUUAGCUUUGUUAGAAUCGUUCAGUUGCUGUAGAUUUGCUGAUAAGACAAAGUGACAACCCUUUUCCAUGGUUUACUUGAGUUUCAAUUGAUACUGAUGCUUUGUUCUUGCUGUCUUCUCGGCCUGAAGAGAGAUACUUUACCCACUUAGAAUGAAUUGUUUCUCACUAAUUAGUCCAAUAAGAUCAAGUCACAAUGCCUUUAUUUAGUUUAUGAACAUAGUCAAACAUCAUAAUCGCUCCAAUCCUCUGGUUUCCACAUCUUUUACACAAGUAUAUUUGGAUUAGUGGGUUCUUGUGUAUCUCUUCUUUAACCCACUUGAAUAUAUCUUAGUGGAUUUUAGGUUCUGUCACAAAAUGCGACUAGUGCUACAGUUAUAAAUUUAUAAUAGUGCUAUGGUUAGAUAAGAAAUUCAUGUUGCAAAUUAGUUUUUUGUUAUUGCCUUCUAGAUAAGAAGUUGACUUCCGUGUAGGUGGGCCGCUAUUGCAACUUUCCUUCUUGUUUUUACCUUCUUACAGAAAGCUUUUCUAAUAUUUUAUUCCCCUUUAAAAACUUGUGGUAAGAACACAUCCAUUUCUCCAUAAAGAAGAAAAAUGGAAACUUCUAUUUUUGUAGAGCGACAGCAUUACGUGGAGUUAGGAUCAGUAAGACUAAAUGAAGUUGUUUUAGCCCUUUCCAAAGAAAUAAAAAAGGAGUUGAAAAAAAGUUAAUACUUUUCUAUGCUUGCUCAAAACCAUUAGCAAAGUUUUCCCCUGAAUUAUAAACAAUUCUGUUUUUCUUUUUAAGAAUGAAAGUGUGUAAAUAUAACUGAUUAUUUUUUUCCCACUGAGAUGUAUUUUUUAAGUUUGCGUCGCCCGAAGGCCCAGGCUAAAAGAUGUUAAGCAUUUAAAAAAAUGUUAAUUUGUUUCUAGUCCUUUGCUAAAAGGUACUGCAUCAUUUUGGGUAUGUUUUUAAUAUCAUCUUGAAGUAUUACAUAUUGUAUAUAUUGUCUUCUAAAUAUAAAUAUUAUAAACUAAAACAUACUUCUAGUGUGAAUUUCAUGAAAAUUUUGAAAUAUUCAAAUAUAAAUAAAAUAUGUGUCUUUCCCUUGUCCGUGGGUUGAGUUUUUAGAAAGUGAUGCGUCAUUGUGCCUAUGCGUUGUGUGUCUGGCUGUGCUUCUUAUGGUAAAUAUGGGAUCUUAUGCCUGAUGAUAAAAUGAGUUGGAAAAAUCUCAUGGAUCUCUUGGACAAAGGAUUGGAAUAUUCAGCUUGUUAUGUACCCCCAUGUAAAUGGGCACUAAUGUAUAUCCCAUCCUCUGUAAGAUAUAUGUAGACUAGUUUGGCCCUUUUUCUUUGUAUCUGAUAGUUAAAUACAACCAAUUAUGCAAUAGCUCUGCCCUUAAUCACAUGAUGCAGGUGAUUUUAGGGGAGGUGCAUGCAAGUAAAAUUGUUUUAGCUAAUUAAAAAACAUUUUUCAAAAUUUUCAUAUUUUUUUGUUACAAAAGAAAGUAAUUUUGAAAAUUCUAGAAAUACUUAGAAACACUUUAGUGUUUUUUUAAGUUUUAUUAUUGAUUAUUUCCCGUGAGCACAGAAAGUGUUUCAUUUAGAAGUUAAAGCACUACCCUCAAAAGUCAUUUUGGACUCCAUCUUAGUGUUAGAUUUUUCAAAAGCAUUUUUCACUAUAGCCAAACCUUGAAAAUUUUGAAAAGUGCUUCCAAGUUUCAAUUAGCUAAAAACAUUAUUCACUGUUCCAAAAGUCAGGUUAAACUUACCCUCAAUCAUUUAUUAUGAUCAAAUCUAAAAAAAAUAGAAAAUCAUUUUUCAGGAGGUGUCGAGAGCAUCACCACCAGCGGAUGGUGGCAUAGUGGGUUCGUGGUUGAGGUUUAUCAUUUAUGAUCUGUCUGAAGAUAUAGUACUUAUCUGCUUCCAGCAUCUGUUAUUGGUUUAAUAUAUUUAAACAGAUGUAAAGCGGUGCUCUCUCUUUUGUUUGACAGAGAUAGAUUGUCCAGCACCACUGUAAUUACUUCUAUCCAAUGGAUUGCUCUGUUUCUUACACCAUCAGGCUCUGGAAGAUUCAGAAUCAAGAGAAACAUUUCUUACCUUUCAUUCAUGCUCAAGGGAACAGCAGUCAAGAGAAGACCAAUCCACAUUCCACAGAGACCGCAUUGGACUCACCAAUCUUGUUUGAGAUUACUUGGGAUAACCAUGGAGAAAAUUAUGAUGGUUUUGAACUUUUUUCUUGUUCAACUACCAGAAUGAUUCAGACCCAAAAGGUUUUAUUCUUUUCUGUUGGAGAUAGAAUAGAAUUCUGAUACUGGAUCAUUGCAUAUUGUGUGUUUUGGGAUUGGAUAAUUCCCAUCCCUCCACUUAAUGGAAUUGCAAUCUUAUGCUGACUGAGGGGACAGCACAGGCACACCCCCAUAGUAGCAGUUGAUACGAUAUGGCUAAACCAUGAACAUCUCACGUUCUUUGAGCUCUAAAGGUGAUUCUGACUCAGCUACCAAUACAUCUUGCCCUGUCGGUUUGUGUGGUGUUAAUCCAAACAAUGCUUUUUUGGGGAUAACUUGUAGCCGUACCUUUAUGCCAUUUUGUUGUAGUGGUUGUUUGGCUUGCUUUGAAUGUUUUUAUUGGAAGAAAUACAUGUACAGGUGUACAAAAUCGAACAAAUCAAUUGUUUGAAUCAUUGCUAGUAGUGAGAAAAGGGAUCUUUUUCUCUCUUUCCUCCCA